AUGGACGGCCAGAAACCUGCAAUUGCACCCCAACUCGAGCGGGCGCGCAAGAGGCGCCGGCGCACCAUGGCCUGCACGCAAUGCCGCAGUCGCAAAUUGCGCUGCGAUCGCGAGUACCCGACGUGCGGCCGGUGCUUAAAGAGCAGAACUCCCACCAAAUGCACAUAUGAGGAUGGAUUUCUGUGGCAGCGGCCCACUACUUUAGCUGCUUCUUCGUUUGCCGACCGAGAAUCCACCCUUCCCAAGCCCCGAGCUGAUCACACACCCGCUCACACGCCUCCGGACUCGGUGAUCGGGACCAAGUCGGCUCGGGAGCCCCUCGUCCCAACCAGUAUUUCUGACCCAGCUCCCUACCCCGCGCUGAGCCCUUUUGAUGGCUCGUCGCAUUGCCGAGGCCGACCACCGGGUAAAGAACGGCGGGACUGUUUCUUGGAAACCGUCCUCGGUGCCCCAAAGGCCGCAGUCAACCAGGAGCCCUACGUGAAUACAGGACUCCUACAGCGCCCCAAGCGUACGGCUCCGGGGCCGAAUAUAUCAUUCGCGUCGCGGGCCGACGACGAAGAUGCUAAUGAGGCCGAGGAUGAUGGCGCGUUGUCGCCGUCUCAUCAGCUAGAUCUCUCGCCACGAAUCAUGAUGAGAGGUCGCGAGACCAAGACUCGGUUCAGCGGAUCCGGAAUCUAUGCCAACUUAGUCGGCCAUUUCCCGGAUAUAAGAUCCUUCGCAGAGGAGAUCAAACUGGCGAACCCAAUUCUCUCACAGCUCCGGCCAGACUUAGAAAGAGUCAGGCGAGGGCUAUGGAAGCGAAAGCCACUCAAUGAGCCGUUUCCUGAGCCUACCACGGCAUCUCUAAUUGACCUGCUGCCUUCUCGCGACGUAGUAGAUGAACUAAUCGGCCUCUACCUGACUUAUAUCGAGCCUACUCAUCGCAUCCUCCACAUCCCGUCGUUUCUACGGGAGCUCGACGAGUUCUGGUUGCAGAUGGACAAUCCAAAUAUGGUCUCGCCCGUCUUUUCCGUGCAGCUUCUUCUAGUCCUCGCUUGUGCAUGGAAUCUCGCCGACGUGGCUAGCCUCCAGGAGAAAAAUACUGACGAGCUCAAAUGCUAUACCGCCUUGGAGUGGGUGCUGCACGCAGAGAAGUGGCUCAAAAGCACACCCAUCAAGCGCCCUGAAAUUGCCGCUCUGCGUCUGUCCAUUUUGUUGAUUGUGGCCCAAAAUUGCCAUGGAAUGAAGCGCAGCCAGGCAUGGCUUACCAUGGGCACUCUCGUCAAGCAAGCGAUGAUGGCGGGCUACCAUCGUGAUCCUAGCCAAUAUAGUCGGAUCUCGGUCUUUAAUAAGGAAAUGCGCAGACGGAUUUGGAUGACGAUCGUGGAGUUGGAUCUACAGAUCGCCAUAGACCGGGGCAUGCCACCGUCCGUGCAGAGCUCCGAUUACGACACCUUCCCGCCACUGAAUGUCAAUGAUGACGAGCUCCACGAAAACUCUACCGAGGCGCUGGAAAGUCGACCGCUCAGCGAAGUCACAGACGCAUCCUUCCAAAUUGUCCUGGGACGAUCGCUUCCCCUCCGUCUGAAAGCGUGUUCACUGAUGCAUUCCCCGCGGAUCAGCUGUCGAUACAAGGAGAUUCUACGUCUGGACUGGGAAGUAAACCGGCAACUUUCUCGAAUUCCCGCGUGGAUGACGCCGGAUGCCAGCGACCUCGUUACUCAGCACAAAGUAGCUCUUUGGAAGGCAUUGAUUGAGACUAAGCUAGCCCAGAGCCUGCUCUCGAUUCACACCCCAUUCGCCGUCGAAGCUCGACGGGAAUCGCUGUUUGCCCCCUCGGCGCGAUCUCGCCUGGAUGCUGCAACCAUGAUUCUCUCGACACAGCGGCGGCUACAUGAAACUUCUCGGCCGCUGUCGCUCUGCAUGUUGGGCGAAUGGACUCUCCAGGCCUAUAUCUCUCUGUGCCAGUUGCUGCAUACAACAGAUUCUCCUAAUAGUAAGUAUUUACCUUCCUUCUCAUUUGAAACGCCUGCUGCUUUGCGCUUGCCCUUACUUAUAUCCAACGUAGAUCGUUCCUCUUACCCCUCGUCCUCGACUUUUCUCCUUCAUACCGUACCAGGUCUCCCUGACUCACUACUCUCUCUCGUUGAAACGGCCCUCCUAUCCCUCGAAGGCCGAUUCCUGCUGGUUGUCAAGGGUGCCAAGGAUUACUUCUUUCUGUCAACCAUUGUGGCAUUAGUAAAGGCCAAGCUCUGGCCAGCUCAGGCGAUCAUGUAUAAACAACAGGUUGUUGAGAGGGUGCUCUCCUUUGCACACACGCUUUUCUCGCGACACGCGACCUGCGAACAUCUUGGCGAUCCGGGAAUGGGCAGCUUCAAGAACAAUCAGGUGGCUGCAUUUACUGCAACCCCGGGCAUGCCCCCUGUGCUGCCAUCGGACUUGAAUGGGAUGUUCCCACCGACAGAUCUUGGCGUUCCAUCCGGUGACUUCGACCCUUUCUUGGACGUGUUUGACUGGGAGGAUUUGACAGGAAUUGCUUUGGGUAACUGA